UUAUUUUAGUUGCGUUUUGGAUGCCACCAUGAUCACGUGUGUGCAGGCUUUUGCUCAUUGACUGAAGAUAGCGGUUACAGUUACAUUAAGUGAAACGAGCGACACGAUACGAAACGAAAAAGGAAGCUAGGAUUUUAAGAAGACGCAGCAUCACAUCACAACCGUAAAAAAAGUUAUUUGAAAUAUUGCAAAAGCCGCUCUCUUAUGGGUAUGCGAAGUUAUAUGUAUAUGUGAGAUAUGUGUAUUAAAAAUAUACCUCAUCUAAACACGUGUUAUUAGCUAAAUAAAUCCAUUUGUUUAUGAGCCAAUCACUAUCCAAAUGAUGAAAUACAAACUCAGCGUCGCACCAACUGAUUGCAUCCUAUUCCCAGUAUAUCAAAGUAUGCCGAGAAUUCAUGUGUAAAAAUACACGUAUACCGUAUAUGGUAAUUUUCGCAUAAAGGGAAUCAAAUUUCACACAAAAGCACAAACAACUUUUCUGAAAUUUUCGUAUUUUUGUGAAAAACUCGCAGAAGGAAAAUAUGCGCAUACACAGAAAAGUGGAGAGUAUAAAACAAGAGCGCGAUACGAAUAUUGCCAAUAAAAAGCCAAAAAAAGAAAAGGCAAAUUAAAAUUUAAAGUGGCUCUCUGAGCGAAAAUGACAACCGUGUAAACGAUCGCCUAGUGUGUGUUCGAAUGCGAGAGCUUUUGGAGGCAUACGGCGCCAAAUUCUUACAUCGUUUGAUAAGAGAAGCCGGUGUUUGAUCAAACAUUUGGAAAAAUGUUACCAGAGAUCCAGUUUACCGCUGUUGAUAGCAUGCAAGACGUUGCAUCUGAUGACUUUGAUUUGUUGAAUGGUUUAAACUCUAUUUACGAAAAAGGCAUGUGCCUAGCUGUACAUCGUGUGCCCCCGAACGCGUCGCCUAUUGUUCCGUUAGACCAACAACAAAAAACAUCAACUGAAAAUGAUACCAACAGUUAUAUUGGCACUGUAGCCCCUACAACUCACUUACUCAAUGGCAUUAAAAUCGAAGAUGCAAGUCCUACUGAUUUAUUCCCAACACAUCCCACCACAUGGCAACAACACCCAAUGAAUAGUCACGAGCACGCACAUCAUCGAUUGCAAAACCAUCAACAUAACAAGCACCGAAACCAUAAUCGCCACCAAAAUCGGUUAAACUCUUUCACUAGCAAAUUAUUGCUACAAAACUCUGACGAUCCUUUAAUAUGUCGCGGUGCCAACAGUGUUGUAACUGCUGACGAUGAUCAACCACUAAUAAUUGCCAUUUCCCAAAAUGCGGGCAAUCAUCAAAAUAAUCAAAUAAAGGGCAUUCAAGGCAACAACUCCAUGUCUGUUUCGUCAACAGCGAGCUUACAAAUACUGUCUUCCGGCGCAACGUUUUCACAGCUGCCAAAAAAGGUGCCCCAAAAUGGGUGUAGCUCGCUGACCAAGCAACAACUUAAAGUUAAAGCCAAUCUGAUGAGUGCUCAAAAUCGUGCUGCCAUCGAGCUAAAGAAAAGCAGCCAACAAACCGGUAGCGUUGCUGGCGUUAUGCAUUAUAAAGCGGAUGACACAAAGCUUUCUAAAAAGAAAGGGGUUUUAAAACUGCGCUUCCAUCAUCAAGCUUUACCACCCGAAUAUCUUAGCCACUAUGAAGCUACACAGGGACAGUUUUCCCAGCACGUUAAAGAUUCAAAGCUGAAACCGGCAGAGCUACAUCCGAAAAUCAAAGUUUUCCACCCCUCUAAAUUACCACCAGCGAAGAGCACACACGAAAAUGUUCGUAGUUGGUUGCAAAAGAUUGCUGCGAUCCAUCGAUCGGCGCAACAGUCAGACAGCAAGCCGCGCGAGGAAAUAGUUGAUCAGGAGCAAAAGAACCUAAAGCCUCCUACUGUAAAAGCUCUAAACGACACCAACAACAAUUAUCAGGUCAGCCGGAUACAGACAACCAAUGAAUCGGUAAUGAAAAAUGGGCUACAAGCCUUAGCAAGGCAUACUUACAAUUCUGAAAAAUCUGAACCGAUUAAAUCCUCCAGUGAUAACAUUGUUCCAAACCCUAUGGUCCAGCAAGUACCUUCAGCUUUAGUUUUACCGAAUAAAACAGCUACCGGUGCUGUGAAUUCAGCUGCCAUCAAAAAAGUUAUGAACUAUGCUGACUUACCUUAUAUGGGUGAAAUGACACUUGACCAUUCGAAGCCUCGGCGUGGUCGAAAGCCUAAAAAAGCUGACAUCUGUCACCUUAUAUACAAAAAUUACGGUACCAUAUUCCCUGGUACACCUAAGAACGCAUUAACAGCACAGAACGCGACAUUAGAAAUGGAUGAAGGACAACUGAGUUCCCGCAUUUCUAACGAUUUGCCGUUGAAUCUGUGCCUACGAGAUCAACCAUGUGACCACUUGUCAAUAUCAAGUGAAGAAAGUGAAAAUAUUAUCUGCCCUUUGAGUAGCAACUCAACCAGUAAAGUAGAGAUCGAAGAGAUGAAUUCAUCUAACAUAGGAUUAGAAACUAUUUUAGAUUCUAAAUUUAAUCACGUUAAAAUCGAACCUGACGAGAAAAAUGGUAACUCAACACAUAUAACGUCCUCUUUGUCAAACAAAAACUCGCCCAAAGCAGCCGAACUUAAUUCGAAUAAUGUACUGCUACAUCCUGUAAAUUUGUAUUACCAAAAACUGCUUUCUGGAACCUUGGUGAACGAACAUAGUCAGCCCUUUGGUCUACCUGUCGAGACUAUAGAAAAGGACAAUCAACUCACGCUUAAGAUACCCAUACCAAAUGGUUUGCUGCGAACGCCCAAGUCAGAGAAGGUCUCUCCGCUCCCCAAUGUGGACAGUCAAGCGAACGAUUAUCCAGAUCUCAUUUCCACCCCGUCAUCGAUUAAAUCGGAUAACUCGAACAUGACCACAAACACAUCAGUGAGCGCUACAACUACUACCACAACCAGAACACCUACUCACCAACAAAUCACGCCGCAGAAGCGUAAACGAUCUGCAAUUUUUAUACCACCCAUUCCGGCUGAAAAUACAACAAAUCCUGCCACCGAAGUGAGUAUAUGCAAAUUCAAAUUUACGGGCGGAGCGAAGCCAUCUUUACAGGAGAAGAAAAUGCUCUCUGUAGAUUCAGGCGGUAACUACCGAUACUACAGCGGAACGGGAGAUAAAUCGACUCGUGGUUAUGAAUUUUUUCCUCGUGAAAGUCUACAGAAUUCUGCUGGUUUCCUGCCGGGAGUAAAUUGUGCGGCGACAUUUCCCAACACUGCUAACGAAUGCUUAACAAGCGACAUACCUCCACCAUCAGCAGAGCUUAGCAAUGAAAUUCUGCAAAUUCCUGAGUCGCCAACAGGAACAUUGCUAUUACCUGGCUCUGUAGCACUGCAAGAGCCCUCAUCACCAUCGCCCUUGUCCAGAUCAACGCCAUCGUUUUCUGGUUCGCCAGCUUUGCUCACACAACAGCUAACACAGAACCCUGAAACAAUAUUAAGUUUAAACUCAAAAAACGAUAUGUCCACGCGGAGACCAUCUACCACAAUAAUUCUGGCAAGAGACCAAUUUUCCAAUGACGUAUAUACAUCGCGAAAUUCAUAUAACUCGUUGCAAUCAAAAAAGAAAUCGCGACGAUCAUCGCAGCGUGAAAAACUAGAGAAAACAUUCAAGGAAAGGGGAUUUCUUAUCCAAACACAGCAACUUGAAUCUGCCGAAGGGGCCACUUAUUGCAAGUUUCGGCAGUUGAAGAAGUUCACACGCUAUUUAUUCCGCAAUUGGAAGGAUUACCUGCCGGAGGAGGUUCAUCAAGCAAACACGGCGGAGCAAGUAGUAGUGUUGCACCCCCCGAACACGGAGAGCGAUGUGAAGAAGGAGGUGGAUGCAGUGGAUAACUUUACUGAGCAACUAGCUGUCGAGAGCUUACUCGAGCGUCAUGGAUUUUUGGUCACUAGUGGGGAAUGCCCUCAAAACAGCGGUCGACCGAGUACAGCUAGUAGUAUGAUGGAGAAUAUUCUGCCCGAGCAGCACUCAGCGGAUAAUACCGCAUAAUACCGUUAAGACACAGUUGAAUCAAAAGAUAAAAUGCAUUAAUUUUUAAAUGACUGAACAAAAUAUUUUUUGUUUAAUAAUGAUAUUUC